ACACAGAACCUCUAUCUGGCUUUGCAAGUCAAGCAAGAAGGUAUUAAAUUCAUUUUUACUCCAACUUACGCUCCUCACUUUGGCGGCAUCUGGGAGGCCGGGGUAAAAGCUGCAAAAUAUCAUGCAAAACGUGUAAUCGGCAAUAGUCACCUCACAUUUGAGGAAAUCACAACCUUGUUUGCCCAAAUAGAGUCAAUAUUAAACAGUCGUCCUUUGUAUCCUCUAUCAUCAUCUCCCAACUACCUCCUUUCCCUAACUCCGGGGCACUUUCUUAUUGGAAGACCUCUAACGUCGAUACCAUCAGCAAAUCUAAAAAACGCAAAAGAACACUCACUGAAGAGGUUUGCACGGCUAGAACAGAUUCAUCAGCACUUUUGGAGGCGCUGGUCCAAAGAAUACAUAGCAGAGUUACAGCAACGAAUCAAAUGGCGGAAUGACACCUCUAGACUAAAUGUAGGAGAUCUGGUCCUGCUGCAAGAAGACAACACCCCUCCCUUGAAUUGGAGACUUGGGCGUGUUACCAGACUAUUCCCUGGCGCAGACGGUGUAUCAAGAGUGGCCGACGUCAACACAACAAGAGGAAGUGUACGGAGACCCCUAAUUCGUCUGUGCCCUCUACUUACCAGCGAUGAUAUCACGGGUUAAAACUUCCGUUUUAACGAGGCGGGAAGAUGUUGAGGCGUUCAGCCUCCUUGCUUCAAUCUGUGCGCGGCGCGGCGUUUUAUUUUUAAUUAUUUAGGACUUCUUU